AAAAAUGAAUAAUAAAAAUCAAAAUUUGAUGGAUAUUUUGAAGGCUAACGAUUAUGAUUUGGCCGAGGAUGAAACGGCUUUUAGUCCUCAUUUGUCUGAGUUAUCUCGUCCAGUAAUCAAACGUGUGCGUGCUCUGAAAAAGCUUCAGUUGGAAUCUUUACAAGUUGAGACUCAAUUCUAUCAGAAGGUUUAUGAGCUUGAAAAGCAAUUUCAACCUCUUUUUGAUGCUGUCAACGCAAAGAGACGUGCUAUUGUUGCUGGAGAGCAUGAACCUACUGAUGAAGAAGCCGAUACGCCGCUUUUGCAUGGAGUUACUCAGGAGACGUUGGAGAAAAUUGAACAAGAUGCGCCAGUUGAAGGAGGUGAACCUUCUAAGGGAGUUCCUUCUUUUUGGUAUAAUGUUUUGAAUAGUGUUACUCAUACGGCUGAUAUGAUUAAGGAAUGUGAUCAACCAAUACUUCAAUAUUUGAUUGAUAUAACGAGUGAAUCGCAUGAGAAUACUCCGGGAUUUACUCUUUCAUUCCAUUUUGCCAAGAAUCCGUACUUUACCGAUUCUGUUUUGCAGAAGCAUUACCAAUUGCAAAUUGGAUUGAGCGAGGAUGACCCGUUUGAUUAUGAUGGACCAACUGUUGUUAAAAGCAAAGGUUGUGAGAUCAAUUGGAAUGCUGGUAAAGAUGUGACUACAAAAAUUAUCAAAACCAAAAAGAAGAAAGGACCUAGUGCCGGAAAAUUUGUCACGAAAACGGUUAGGAACGAGAGUUUUUUCAACUUCUUUGAAAAUGUUGAGCAAGCUUUGGAUGAUGAUUUGGAGAAGGAGGACGAGGAGAAGAUCCGUGAUGAUUUUGAGACUGGACAAAUUAUUCGGGAUCAGGUUGUUUCGCGUGCGGUCUUGUUCUUCACUGGUGAAGCUACGGAUGAUAUGGAUGACUUUGAUGAUGAGGAAGAUGACGAGGAUGAUGAAGAUGGGGAGGACGAUAAUGAUGGGAUUCAUGACGACUCGGAUUUGUCUGAUGGUGGUGGUCAAGAAGCUGUUCGUCUUGGUGGAGCUGGUGGUGAAACUAUUCGUGUAAAAAUGAUUCAUUUGGGCGCUCGCCGUCAUACAUUUUCGCGUUCAAGGUGUCCUUUUGAUGAUGAAGGGGAGGAGUGUGAACGGCCUUUUUGUCCUUUCUUUCAUCCUUUCUCUAGAGCUUCAAAUCCUUUGGUCAAAGUUAAAGAGGAAAUUCAGGAUGAUGAUAUAAUUGUUGUAUAUGAAAAGCUUAUUCCUUCACGAUCAGCAUUUCCCUCAUCGGCAACAAAAUCGCGUGUUGUGAGCAAUACAGUAGAAGCUUGUCAACAUGUGGUAUCUGAGACUUCAAUGCUUCAUAAACCGACUUGGUCUCGGCCUGUCAUUAAACGUGUACGUGCUUUGAAAAAACUUCAAUUGGAAUCUUUACAAGUUGAGACUCAAUUCUAUCAGAAGGUUUAUGAGCUUGAAAAGCAAUUUCAACCUCUUUUUGAUGCUGUCGACGCAAAAAUUGAUGCUGUUGUUGCUGGGGAACAUGAACCUACUGAUGAGGAGGCAGACACUCCGCUUUUGCAUGGAGUUACUCAGGAGACUUUGGAUGUUUGA